AUGGCUACUGCAGUUGACAUGUCGCUCGAUGAUAUCAUUAAGAACAGGAGAAACAGUGACAGAUUUAGAGGACGAGGUAGGGCUCGUCAUGGCCGUGGAGCUGGGCCAGCUGGCAGGUCAUUUAACGGUGGGAGAAUGAUGGCUGCAGGUCGGAGAGGUCCUCUUGGCGUCAAUGCCCGGCCUUCUUCUUUCACCAUUGCCAAGUCUACUCGCCGAACAAGGAACUUCCCAUGGCAGACUGCUUUGUUUGAAGAUAGCAUUAGAGCUGCUGGUAUACAAGGAGUAGAGAUUGGAACAAAAUUAUAUGUUUCCAACUUGGACUAUGGAGUGACAAAUGAGGAUAUAAGGGAACUGUUCUCUGAAAUUGGAGAUGUGAAGCGAUAUGCAGUGCACUAUGAUAAAAAUGGUCGCUCCAGUGGCUCAGCUGAGGUCGUUUACACCAGAAGAAGUGAUGCAUUUGCGGCUCUCAAGCGGUACAACAAUGUUCUUUUAGAUGGGAAACCUAUGAAGAUUGAAAUCGUGGGUGCUAAUGCUGACAUUCCUGUCUCUGCUCGUGUUAACGUGACGGGAGUUAAUGGGAGGAGGAAGAGAACAGUUGUUAUGACGCCAGGGCGAGGUGGUGCUAGAGGUCCUCCUGUUGUAAAUCGAGGGACUGGCAGAGGCCGUCGUGGAGGUUUUGGGAAUGUUCGUGGCCGUGGCCGUGGCCGUGGCCGUGGACGUGGACGAGGCCGUGGCCGUGGAAACCCACCUGUUGAGAAAUCUGCUGAUCAACUUGACAAAGAGUUGGACAAUUAUCAUACAGAGGCCAUGAACACUUCUUGAGCUGAGCUUGGCGAACUGAUGCAUCAGAGUUAUAGUUGUUGCGUUUUUCGGUUUUAGUUGUAAAAUGUAGUCGCUAGUUUUCUGGAUGGAGCAGUAGUCGGGAACGUGGUCUGGCUGGAUUUUCGUAGUGUGCUUGAAAUCAGUCUCUGUUUAUAUGUAAGAUUGGAUUCGUGAUUUGGAUCUUUUGGAAUUAACUCUUUGGUUGCAAUCAUUUGUGCUGCUUGUUAUCAAAA